AUGGCUCUGCGCUUGCUGGAUGACACCAACCACUACGUGACUACACAAGACUUGUACAACCUUCUGCUUCUCAGCCACCACGUUCGUCGGACAGAUUGGGCCCAGCGCGUUCUGCCCUUUCUGGGAUGGCGCAUGUUGCAAUCAAACGCCGUGGCCGGCUUGGUCUUCUCAACAUGGGCCAUCAGUGAGGCUGGACAGCUUGCCUGCUUCGGUCGCGAUUCGUAUAGUCUGCCUCCCGACCUCGGUCCGGUUGUGGCCGUGGCUGUUGGACUGCAACACACCUGUGCCGUGAAGGCGAGUGGCGAGCUGGUUUGCUUUGGAGACAAUGAUUAUGGUCAGUGCGGUGUUCCUCCCGAACUCGCUCCGGUGGUGGCCGUGGCUGCCGGAAGUUAUCACACCUGUGUGGUGAAGGCGACUGGCGAGCUGGUUUGCUUCGGAAACCAUGAACACGGCGAGUGCGAUGUGCCUUCCGAUCUCGGUCCGGUGGUGGCCGUGGCUGCCGGAUAUCUGCACACUUGUGCCGUGAAGGCGAGUGGCGAGCUGGUUUGCUUCGGAAACAAACAAUUUGGCCAGUGCGAUGUGCCUCGCGAUCUCGGUCCGGUGGUGGCCGUGGCUGCCGGAGCAUAUCAAACCUGUGCCGUGAAGGCGAGUGGCGAGCUGGUUUGCUUCGGAAUCAAUCUGUAUGGUCAGUGCGAUGUGCCUCGCGAUCUCGGUCCGGUGGUGGCCGUGGCUGCCGGAGGACAUCACACCUGUGUGGUGAAGGCGACUGGCGAGCUGGUUUGCUUCGGAAGCAAUAGCGAUGGUCAGUGCGAUGUGCCUCCCGACCUCGGUCCGGUGGUGGCGGUUGCUGCUGGAGAAGGUCACACCUGUGCCGUGAAGGCGAGUGGCGAGCUGGUUUGCUUCGGACGCAAUGAGAAUGGUCAGUGCGAUGUGCCGCCAGGCUUCAAGGUUCGGCUUUCCCCACAGUCCAUCCGGGCACCAACCCCCGAUCCAAUGCAGGAGGUGCUGCAGCACGUGCAUCACAGCGAGCCUGCCGCCCACAUCUCGCAAGAGGAGGGCGCUGCAAUCGUGGCGGAGCAGGAAGCAUCGUGGAUUGAGCACAACAUCGGUUCCGGCUGGCAUGGCGACGACUUGCAGCCUCAGAUGCCUCAGAUGCCUGCCGGGCUCACCCGGGUGGUGCAGUUGGCGUUGAGCCGCUCGCACCCCCAGUUGGAUGCAUAUCUAGAACAGUCUCCUGCUUUGCGGCCAUAUCGGCAGGCCUUGGAAGAGGAGGACUUCAACUGGCAGUUGCAGCCAUCAGGCACAAAAGUCUUCAUGGAGCCCUGGUGCUUCCGAGCCAUCCGCGGACUUUCCACGCCCGCAGACCUCGAUAGGCGCUGGUUGGCGUGGACGUGGCUCCAGUGGACGACCAGCUUGGCAAGGACAGGGCACCCGCCGG